UCUCACAACAACAGCCCUGCACUUGACAGAAACAACACCAUGGCAAGUCUGUUUGAAAGCUGAAAGCUGUCUAUUGUUAGAAAACAAUACCUAGACAAGCCAGUGAAUAUGCAUUUGUCUAUUUUAUGGAUGAAGGUAGUCUGAUUAGAUAUUAUAUCUUGGUAUCAAAGCACAUCAGUAAAAAGAGCCCUACAUCUGUCAUAAGAUAGACCAGCGUGUAGGCUAUUUGAUUACCAGUGGCUGUAGCCUAUUAAUUCUACUAUUCAAACGGAAACAAUGUAUUAUAGGACUUAACCUAAUUUUGUCCUAAAAUCUAAGCUGUCCUAAAGGGAUGGUCAACUUAGGUAGCUCGAAAAAGUAUCCUGUAAGAAAACUCAAACAUAUAGAAGCAUAAUAAGAUAGGGCACGUGUGCAUAGACACGUGAUCAAAUUUAUUCUCUGCGUCAGUUUUUACGGAAAAGUAUAUGACAUGCAUUUGUAAGUGUUUACUGACAUACAAACCAACAAAAUGCAUGUAUUUGGUGUUAAUAAAAACAAAAAACAAAAAAACAACAACAAAAAACUCUUAAGUUGCUCCAGCGGUUUGUUGAUCCCGUAGACUGCAGUUGUCGUGGUAACCGCAACAGGAAGCGCAUCCAGGACGCAUAGUUUAAUUUCUGAUCUAAAAGAUGGACAAACCGAGAGCCUCAGGGGGACUAUGGAGUUGUGCACGGCCCAACGCAUACAGUCAGAAGACACAGGAGCUGCUUCAGCUGAUGAUGCAGGAGUCAUAUAUUGCCAAUGGUCACAAAAGACAGAUCCGUGAGUGCCUUAAAAAUGGAGCACCUUUGCACUUGAUAGGAGCCGCGAACCCACCCCCUCCUCCUCCUCAGUCCAAACCAAGCCGAUCUACUUCGCGUCAACUUCCAAAGAAACCACAAAAACGCAGUGCUGACCAGUGUAAAGCAGGGGACAGCUACGUCCGGGACAAGUUCAGACCUGGUCCAACCCGAGAUCUUGAGAAGGAGAAACGCUGCCUUCAAAAAAUUAUGGAGAUGGGAAAAGAUGAACCUAAAGUUACAAUAACACAAUGUCCCUCAAAUUCAGAAGCCCCAGAAGAAAAGGACAGUAUAGAUGAAAUCCUGGGGGAGAUUGAAGAAAGACGUCAGUUUCUGGAAGAUAUGGCAUCUCUAGGUCAAGAGCAACAGUAUGUCAGCAUAAUCAACACUGAAAUAUCACAGAGAGUGAGAGAACUAGAGCUGCUUAACAAGUCCAGCAGUCAAACAGCAGAGGGAGGAUCGUCGGAGACGAAGGUCGAUGAAAAAGAAAAAUAGCCCUAAAAUAUAUUGUUAAAUGCA